CAGACUUCAGGCUGUAUUUGUCAGCAGGGAAGAAAGUGAAUGGUACUGUGGGAACUCCGGCCACUUAGCUGUUCAUUUCAUUCUCAUUGGUAUGGAGAUACCAGUUCAUCUGGAUUUACAUGUGAGCUGAGGUUUUUAUUGAGAGACCACAAGCAGAUCUUCCACCCUCAGAUCUCUGACUACAAAAGCUCUCAGGGUGUCUGCCUCCUCACAGCUGAAGGUCCUUCUUGUCUGAGAUGGACAGUAUUACCUAGUAGUAUGCGUGCUCUAGGACCAUGAAUGACAUCAAGACUAACUGAGAACUAUACCAGCAAUACACCGCCACGGACCCCAAGGUGCUGGCCCGCAUCUCCAGGCUGCUCAUCGUCUGCCAGGGUGCAGGCAUUUCUGUACCCAAGGGCAUCAGAAACAUCUUUGAGUUUACCUGGGAGGAGCUGAUCACUGACCCCAUGAUCCCUACCCCUUCUGAGAUCCUGGGCCUGGAGAUCAGCAUUGGAGCCCCGCCCGUGGUGCUUAUGGAACCGGCCCCUGUGCAGGCCCCUGUCCAGAACAAGCCACCUCCGCCAGUGCUACCACUGCCGAUGCUGUCCGCUUCCACUGGGCUGGCCAAAUUCUCUACACACUCUCCUACCCACGGCCAACGGGGCCAUCCAGCCAGGAGACCCUGACAGGUCCAGAGGCAGUCUAUCCACUUAUUGACCGAGCUCCUCACCCUGAAGGUGAAGGCCAUGCUGGAGUCCAUGUCCAAUUCUUCCACAAACAUCCCAGCCAUGGGAGUGAACUCACCUUACCAGCUUGUCUACGAGUCCUCUACUGGCUAUCUGAGCUUUUCCCUCUCAACCAGAAGGGAAGUCAAGAAGAAAACAGGCAAACCCCCAAAUUUGGAAGAAGUAGUCUUGACAUCCCCACAACGAGGAGCGGGAACCUCUGCCUCUGAGGUUAUCGAGUUCAGCGACCCCUGCCCUGAAGCCCGGGAGAAGCUGCAGGAGAUGUGUCGCCUUGUAGAAGCCGAAAGGGUCUCGUGGAAAGGGAGGAAUAUCUUCUACCUGAUCUUACGCAACUACAGGGCAAAGAUGCCCCCUCAUCUAUGUCUACCCCCAAAGGUUGCUCAGAUCCCAAGUUCCCACCAUCCGCACCCUCCAGGUGCUCAGACUUCCACUCCCACCCCUCACCAACCUCCUGCCCAUCAUCUUCACUUGGACCGGCAUUCUCAGGAAUGGAAGGCACCCAAGAAGGCCAUCAAGUUGCAUUACACCUUCUAUGAUGGGUCCUUCUUCGUUUACUAUCCCUCUGGACACAUCGCCGUGUGUCAGAUCCCCAUGUGCUGCAGAGGGAGAGCCAUCACCUGCCUCUUUAAUGACACACCCAGCUUCUCCUUCCUGGCCGUGUUCAAUGCUGAAGGCCAGGGCUGCAUUCACUACAACCUGAAGGCCUGCUGCCCAUACGUCUUGGUGUUGGAUGAAGAAGGUGGGACCGCCAACGACUACAACGGCUAUGUAGUCCACAAGUGGAGCUGGACCUCCAAGACAGAGACUUUGCUCUCUCUGGAAUACAAGGUGAAUGAGCAAAUGAAGCUGAUGGUGCUAGGACAGGAUUCUAUCAUGGCCACCUUUACUUCCCUGAAUGAGACAGUAACACUCCCCAUAUCGGCCAACAGCUGUCCACAUGGGACAUCGCACAAUAAACGGAUGACCCGCAGAAUCAGCAGCAUGGAUGAAAAGAUGUCUAAGAUGAGUCGGGCCCUGGCAGAGAUCAAGAGGCGGUUUCAGAAGACAGCGUCCCAGUUCAUGAACUCCGUCCUGCUGGCGGCAGGCUUGUUCACCGUAGAAUAUCCGGUAAAGGAAGAGGCAGAAAUCAUUCGGACCAGAUUAAGGUCCGGGCCCUAUCCUGAGCACGCCACCAAGCUGAGUUUAUACUCAGGAGAAAUCCUUUUAUUACGAUCUCAGUCAGCCCGACCCGAAUCCUCAAUUGGAGAGUCUUCGAAGGAGGAGCCUGUGUUGGCUCCUGUGAGCACCACUCGGAAGAAACCCAUCAAGGUCCAGGCCAAGGCCACAGUCACACCCAGGUGGGCUUGGGCCUUCACUUCUUCCAGCUUCUGUGUGUCAGAUGCUGAGAUGGGUAGUAAACACGCGAUGGUGAACAAAACAGAUGAGGCCCCUCCCUCUUGGAGUUGAAAUUUUAGGGGUGGGGAAAGAUAGAAGAUAAACAUGUGAAGAGCUGAACUAUUUUAGUUAGGGAUAAGGCUGGGAAGAAAGCAGACCGGGGACAUGGGUUAGAGCCGAGGCUGGCAAACUGUGGUCAGGGGCCAAAUCUGGCCCCACUGCCUGCCUUUUUUAUGCGUGAGCUAAAAGUCGUUUUUAUGUUUUUAUUUUUUAAAAUAAAUUUAUUUAUUUAUUUUUGGCUGCAUUGGGUCUUCAUUGCUGUGCGUGGGCUUUCUCUGGUUGCUGCGAGCGGGGGCUACUCUUCAUUGUGGUGAGCGGGCUUCUCAUUGUGGUGGCUUCUCUUGUUGCGGAGCAUGGGCUCUAGGCGCGCAGGCUUCAUUAGUUGUGGCACGUGGGCUCAGUAGUCGUGGUUCACGGGCUUUAGAGCGCAGGCUCAGUAGUUGUGGCUCAUGGGCUUUAGAGCACAGGCUCAGUAGUUGUGGCUUGCAGGCUCUAGAACGCAGGCUCAGUAGUUGUGUCGCAUGGGCUUAGUUGCUCCGUGGCAUGCGGGAUCUUCCCGGACCAGGGCUCGGACCUGUGUCCGCUGCAUUGGCAGGCAGAUUCUUAACCACUGCACCACCAGGGAAGCCCAUUUUUACAUGUUUAAAUGCUUGGGAGGAAGAAAAUCAAAAGACAGGUUUUUCGUGACAUGUGAAAUGAUAUGAAAUUCAAAUUCAGGAUCCAUAAGUAAUGUUUCGAUGGGGCACAACCAUGCCCACUCGUUUACAUGUUGUCUGUAGCUGCUUUCCUGCUAAGAUGGAAAUUUUGAGUCAUUGUGACCAAGACCACCUGGCCUGCAAAGACUAGAGUUUUUACUGUCUGGCCCUUUGUAGAAAAUGCUGACUGACCCCAGGCAUGGAGAGUGACUGGAAAGUGGGGUGGGAUGUGGUACACUCGGUAGACAGUCGGGGAAGCAGUUCUGAAGAGAUAUUUUAAUGGAGGGCUGAAGGAUUAGAAAUAGGCACAAAGAAGGAUCAGGAAGGAUCAUCAGGCAGAGGACAGAACAAGUACAAAUACCUUGAGAUAAGAACAAGUUUGGUAUGUGUGAGGAAAAGUGAGAAGACCAGUGUGGAGCAUUGUGAGGAAGGGGGAAGAGGGAUGCAAAUUGAGGACAGAAAGGUAGGCAGGAGCUGGAUCAGGUAGCCUUGUGAGUGUUAUAGAGGAAGCCGUUCUGUACCUGCAAGGCAGGAAGUGACAUCAUGUGAUUCAUGAGGUUUUUAGAAAACUGAAAAAAAUGAUAAGAUAUAUAUCUCUUGUGUUUUAACUUAAAAAAUUUAUAAAAUAUAGAAAAUGAACAAAUCCUAAGUUUAUAUAGCUCAAUGUGUAUCACAAAUUGAACAUACCCUAUAGGCCCCAAGAAACAGAGCAUUAUCUGCUCCUUAGACAUUCUCUUUUGUCCCCUCCCUAUCAAUAAUCCCACCCUCCUUCCCAACAGGAUGAUUUCUCACAUCAUAGAUUUAUAUAUUUUUAAACUAUUUAAAUAGAACUAUUCAGUAUGUAUUCUUUGAUGUCUGGCCUCUCUUGCUCAAGGUUACAAUGUGAGAUUUAUCCAUGUUGCUGCGUGUGGCGGAACCACUGCUCAUUUUCACUGCUAUGUAAUAAACUAUUGUAAGACUAAACUAAAAAUUUUUUGCAUUCUAAUGUUGAUGGAUAUUUGGGUUGGUUACAAUUUUGGUAAUGACAAAUUGUGCUGGUUUUUGUAUAUGUCCUUAUUUCUGGUUGGGAUAUGCCUGGAUGAGAAAUUGCUGUCAUAGAGUAUGUGUAUGUUAUGCUAGAUCCUGUAGUUCUGGUGAGACUCCGUUUUCCAAAUGGUGGUUUCAAGUUCCACUCCCACCAGCAGUGUAUGAGCAUUCCAGUUGCUCCACAUCCUCACAGUGCUUGAUAUUGUCCAUCGUUUAAAUUACAGCCAUUCUAUAAUGAUGAAAUGUUUUUUAAUUUGCAUUGCCCUGGUGACUACAGAGGUUGAGCACCUUUUCGAUUGUUCAUUGACAUUUUUGGAUAUUCUCUUUUGCGAAGUGCCUGUUGAGUCCUCUUGUCCAUUUUUCUACAGGUUGUUUGUCUUUUCUUGAUUUAUAUUUUGGAGUUCUUUAUUGUGGAUACAAGACUUUUGUCAGUUAUACAUGUUACAAAUGAUUCUCCCACUUCUACUCUGGCAGUGGUAUCUAUUGAUGCACAGAAGUUGCUAAGUUUAAUGUCCAGUUUUCAGUCUUUUUGUUUGUAAUUAGUUAUUUGUAACCUAUUUAAGAACUUUCUGUACUCAGACAACAUGAUGGUAUUCUCCAAAGUUGCCUUCUGUUAGUUUUUUCUUUUAACUUUUGCAUUUAUAUCCAUCCUCCACCUGCAAAUGAUUUCUGUGUAUGACAUGACGUAGGGGCCAAGUUUUAUUUUCCCCCAUGUAUAUACUGAACUGAUCCAGCAUCACCUAUUGAGACGAUUGUAAUUUUCCCUCAGCUCUUUGGUGCAAACUCUGCCAUGAAUCAAAGGGCUCUAUAUGUUUAAAUCAAGGGUCGUUUUUCUGGAGUCCCUAUUUUGUUCCCUAUUUGUUAAAACUUUUACCAACACUUAACAGUCUA